GUCGGAGCAAUUGUUUGCGGCUAAUUUUACAUCGUAGACGAGGAGAAAGUAAAAGUUGUGAGUUUGAAAAAAGUGUAGCAAGAUGGCUAUUCGCGCCGGUUUUGCGUCUGCUGUUGCAUUAUGAAUCGCGAUUUCGCUACACGCGGGCACCGAGUUUUAGAACGCACCUACGUUAACUCUGUGUGUGACGUUUCCUGAUGGGGGCGGAGCGUCAUCCAGCUUCCCAAUUCUAACCAACCCGAUCCCGAUAGCCAUCGCAUUCCGCUGAUUUGCUUCAGUGUGCCUCGGCAGUGCGUUCGGUGCGUUUUUUGGUAUGUGCUUGUGCACAUAGCCACUCACCGACUUAUGUGCUUGCGCCAGAAUCCAUUUCUCUGUCGUAUGUAACAAGGAACGUUUUGUGCUCGUAAAAAUUAUCAGGCAGGGGACAUUUUUCUCGCAAUGCCCUGGGCAAACCUAUGUGACAUUCAGACAGAAUAGUGGCAUGAGUCGAUUAAUCUAUGGCAGAUCAACAAGAUCAAUUAUCAGGGGGGUCUGUAGAGACGGCCAAUGCUUCAGCAGAUACCUCUAAAGUUAGAGGGAAGAGCUCUAGCAGUGGUAGCAGCGGUUAUAGAAAACGACAAAGCACUAGUUCUAUUCCAGUCACUGUAGAAGAAAAAAGACGUAGACAGACUAUUGGUGAACCACAAUCAACCGAAGUUUUUAAUAAUACUUCCGUGUGUAAACAUCCAAGCGAUUCCUUCAAAACAGAAGGUAGAACAAGAGGUGAUCGUAAAAGUCAUGGCAGUGGCUUAGAAUCAUAUUUAGAUACUAACUGGAGGGCACCCCAUAAAGUUCAGCAAUCUAAUUGUAAUAUUAGUGGGAACAGUACAAGAGUUCGUAGUGCUACAAGAACAAGUUUGCCAGAGUUGAAUCUAACAGCAAUUGACUGUGUUGCUUCAAGGACUCGUUCUCGUACACCACAAAAUCCACAAGCCAUAUCGCAAGGACAUAAUAGUUACGAUUUAUCGCUAUCCAGUGAUUAUAACAACAGAGAAGACUUGACGUAUAACAGUUUGGUACCGUCAUCAAGUUCUGCAUCUGUUACUAGUCAUCCAUCCACAUCUAGAGGAAGAGGCCUGAGGAUGAGCGAAUGUCUGGAAGGAUUUGUGUCUGCUGUCAAAGCACUUUUUCCAAUAUCAACACAAACGUAUCAUCAAGAAGGGUCAAAAUCUCACGGUGGUGCAACCUGCGCGAAUAGCAGUACAAGUAGUCAAGUUCUGAGUGUGAAGUCCAGCAUCAGAGUGGGUAACGCAGCCAGUAAUUCUGUGGAGAGCGGUGGGGGGGCGUUGGCACAUGACGGGGCAGGCACUAGUGGCAUCACCACAGCCACUGCCAAUCCAUCUGUGUCUGCCUCUGCCACUGCCAACCCUACACACCCUCAUUCUACGCACAGGCAUAUAUUACGUUCUCGCGCAAAAUUCUCCAGCGAACAAUCUAAAGAACUGCCAACUAAUAACAAAACUUCAGGAAAACAUCAUAAAAAAGAUUCUACAACGGGUACUUGUUCAAGUUCCAGACACCGUUCUUCAUCACGUGCAAGAAAAGCAGUGAUAGAAGGAGGUUCUGGAGGAAGUGUGAUGUCUGGUACUGAAUCUGUAACAAAUAGUGCCACUCCAACAUCUGUCUCGUCUACAGUUCCUGGCAAUCAAUUAGUAUCUACCACAGGUGAAGACGAAUCUGCCUCAACAGCUACACCUGCCACUGCAGGUGGAGGUCCAUCCGGAAUGUCUGGUACUACUGGAGAUAGUGAAAGUGACGACGGUGAAGUUGGAAGAUUACAAGCAUUAUUGGAAGCUAGAGGCUUGCCUCCACACGUGUUUGGUGCAUUAGGACCAAGAAUGCAACAUUUAUUAAAUAGAAGCAUGGGUGCAAGUUCUGCUGCUAAAGCCCAACAGCUUUUGGCGGGUUUACAAGCUGUUGACGACGAAGGAGAACAGCUACAGGCUGUUAUUGGAAUGGGUGAAAUUCUUGUAAUGGGAAACGAGGAUACACUAGCUGGUUUUCCUGUAAAACAAGUGGUUGCAGCAUUAAUUAAUUUACUUGGAAUAGAGCAUAAUUUUGUAAUAAUGACACACGCGUGUCGUGCUCUUACUUACAUGAUGGAAGCUUUACCGCGAUCAUCGACUGUCGUGGUUGAUGCUGUACCCGUGUUCUUACAAAAACUAGAAUCUAUUGAAUGUAUGGAUGUAGCAGAACAGUGUUUGACAGCGUUAGCUAUGCUUUCGCGUCGACACAGUAAAACCAUUUUACACGCGGGGGGAGUAUCAGCUUGUUUGAAAUUUGUUGAUUUUUUCAACAUAACUGCACAACGGGCUGCGUUAACAAUUACAGCAAACUGUUGUCAAAAUCUUCACCCCGAUGACUUUCACUUAGUAGUCGACAGUUUACCUUUGUUGACAAGUAGGCUAACGAAUCAAGAUAAAAAAAGCGUUGAGUGUGUUUGUCAAGCAUUUAGUCGUUUAGUCGAUAGUUUUCAACAUGAUCCUGUAACUUUGCAUAAAAUUAUCAAUGCGGAACUUCUUCAAAACUUACAACAACUGUUAAUGAUUACACCACCCGUCAAUAGCAUUGGUAAUUUCAUAACUGUGUUACGGAUGCUUUCUGUGAUAUCAAAUCGCUGUCCGGAUUUGGCACAGCUGCUUCUGCAACAAAAUAUAGCUUUUACGCUAAGUUAUCUUUUAACUGGAUCGUUAGAAGUGAAAGCAGAAGAUGUAGAACUAGUACCGCGAUCUCCGCAAGAGUGGUUUGAAAUUACUUGCUUAAUUGAGGAACUGAUGCCUCCGUUGCCAACUGAUGGCAUAUUUAGUGUAAAUAGUUUACUUGAAAGGACCAGUAAUCAACAAGAAAACGUUCAUUGGGAGUGGCGUGAUGAAAGACACUGUUGUCAUCCAUUUAGUACUAUUGAUUCUAGAAUUAUCGAGAUGGCAUUUCAGAAUGGUGAGGAUGAAAUCUGUCUUUCGUCUUUAGGGCGAACUUACACGAUAGAUUUAACUGUGAUGAAACAAAUUAACGAAGACAUUGGAGUAGCAAGAAGCAUUUUCCGUAGAGUGAAUACACAUCCCACAGAGGGCAAAAGUCCUACUUGUUCGUCUAGUGUGGAUGUUGUACCUCCGGUAAUUGAAACGAACGAGUGGUUAGUAUCGUUCAUUCGAACUUUAUUCUCUGUAUUAUAUGAAGUUUACAGCAGUUCUGCUGGUCCUGCUGUAAAAUGUAAAUGUCUUCGAGCUCUUUUACGUAUGGUAUAUUAUGCUUCAACUGACUUACUUAAGGAUGUUUUAAAGAACCAAAUAGUAUCGUCACAUAUAGCAGGUAUGUUGGCGUCCCAAGAUUUACGAAUUGUUAUUGGAGCUCUACAAAUGGCAAGCAUAUUGAUGAAAAGGCUCCCACAAGUAUUUGGAGUACACUUUCAUCGCGAAGGGGUAUUACAUCAAAUACGUCAACUAGCUGAUCCUGAAGUACCUCUUGGUGUUUCACCACCUAAGUGCCCUUCUGGUACAUUACCAAGUCCACAGCCAGGUCCGUCUAAUACAUCGCUAUCUUCUACAACGAUGUUCGCUUCUAGUAAUGCCACAUCCCCGAUUGCUUCUCCGUCAACGAACGGUAAUAUACUGUUCGGUACAAUUGCAACUUGUCAACUGAAGCCAAAUCUUUCUGCAUCGAUGGAAACACAUGCAAGAAACGAAUUAAAUUCUACUAUAGAUGAUGUAACCACACCACAAAGUGCUCAUUUGAGAAUCGGUGAUGUUCUAAAGAGGAAAAGGCAAAACAAGAAGGGUCGAUUUUCUAGAUUAGGCGGUACUACACCACAACAAACACAACAACCAGAAUCACUUUUCACUGGAUUCGCUCCUAAAAAUAAUCGUUUCUUAGGAAAUUUAAAUCCUGCUAGAUGGGGUAGAAAGUCGUCAUCGUCGAGUUCUACUAGCGACAAAAGAGAUUCGAGCUCGUCUACGAAUUUGUCGAAACCACCGAGUAAUUCGAGUUUAACAGGUGGUAAUCGUGAUAAGGCUAAGGCAUGGGUACGUGAACAGGCUGCUCAGUUCUUGUCACGGUAUCAAGAUGAUGCACCUUGUACACAUCCUGCAAUGACAGUCCUUUCAAGACUUACUGCUGCCAUACAACGGUUACAAUCAAAUGACUUAGAUGAAAUGUUAUCAGCUCUUACUGAAUUAAGAGAUAUUGUACUUGAAAGUGACAUAUCUCCAUUCGAAAUGAAUUAUAGUGGUCUCAUUAAAGCUCUGCUCAACUACCUCACUACUGUAGAUGCUCCUGGUAAUCGUUACGAUCGACUUCGUAUGUUCUGGAAAUUGUUCGCAGAAUCAACAAUGCAACAGAGCAACAAAAUUAUGGAUAUUAAUCCUGGAGCAUUUGGUGCUCUGGUAACAAAACUGAAUAGUUGUGUUGCACAGUUGGAACAAUUUCCUGUGAAGGUACACGAUUUACCAGCCGGAUCUGGUGCUGGCCGUGGAGGCACUAGUGCUUUGAAGUUUUUCAAUACACACCAACUUAAGUGUAAUCUGCAACGACAUCCUGAUUGUAACAAUUUGAAACAAUGGAAAGGAGGCACCGUUAAGAUAGAUCCCCUUGCGUUAGUACAAGCUAUCGAACGUUAUUUAAUGGUUCGUGGAUAUGGUAGAAUAAGGGAAGCGGAAUCGAUGGUUAGUGAUGACGAUAACAGCGAAGAUGAUAUAGAUGAUACUUUGGCAGCGGUAGUUAUAAGUCAAGGAUCGGCAAAGCAUAAACUUCAGUUCUUAAUCGGGGAUGAAGUACUGCCUUUCAAUAUGACUGUUUAUCAAGCUGUUAGACAAUUUGGUUGUUCCGGAAUUGAUCAUUCUGAGGCAGAAGCUGAUGGUGAACCACCGCUUGGCCAUGAUGCCGUCUGGGUACAAACGCAUACAAUUUACUACAGGCCUGUACCAGAAGAAGAAACCACAACAUCGCCAAAACCAGGAUCGAGUUCACAGGGUAGCAGCCGCAAAGGCAAAGGAAAAAGUACAAAGAUCAGUUCAAAACGAAAAGAGGAUAAUUUAUGGCUCGAAGGAGCAGUUCCCCCUCAACGAUGUCCGCUUGAUCCAUAUUUAUCUCCCACUUUACCACCUUCGGUUACGAUCACCGAUGCAUCGCUCGACGGUUUAUGCCUAUUGCGUCUUUUAUACGCAUUAAACCGUCAUUGGUCCGUUCUGUUCCCUCAUCUAAAGAAUGUAAACUUAUUGUCCCCGCAAGAUUUUAUUAACAACAAAAUAGCCGCGAAAGCGAGCCGGCAGCUACAAGAUCCUUUAGUCAUUAUGACUGGAAACUUACCAUUAUGGUUACAACAAAUUGCUACUGUCUGUCCAUUCCUGUUCCCCUUUGAAACAAGACAGUUGUUACUUUAUGCAACAUCAUUCGAUCGGGAUAGAGCCCUACAACGACUUUUAGAUUCUGCUCCAGAAUUAUCGGGAUCGGAUAGUCAAGAACGUGUUACUCCUCGUUUGGAACGAAGAAAACGAACUAUCUCGAGAACUGAUAUUCUUAAACAAGCGGAACAAGUGAUACAAGACUUGGCGUCUAGCAAAGCCUUGCUUGAAGUGCAAUAUGUCAAUGAGGUUGGUACUGGUCUUGGACCGACACUGGAAUUUUAUGCUCUAGUCUCUCAGGAAUUACAACGUGCUGAUCUUGAUCUUUGGCACGGUAGUUCAAGUUCUACCGACGCAGGAUACGUUAAUGCUCCUCAUGGACUUUUCUCAAUGCCAAUUCCAUGGAAUACUAAAGUGUCGCAUCUCGCGAAACUUAAAACAAAAUUUAAAUUCCUUGGAAAAUUUAUGGCGAAAGCGAUAUAUGAUUCAAGAAUGUUGGAUUUACCAUUCAGUUUAACCUUCUACCGUUGGUUAUUGGGAGAGGAACAUACAUUAACAUUAGCUGAUUUAGCAUACGUAUGCCCUGAUGUACAUCGAACUCUUGUUAGACUGCAGGAAAUCGUUAGACAAAAAGAAACAGUUGAAAAGGAUGAUUCGUUAAGGCCACACGAGAGAGCACAACUAAUAGAUUCGUUAGGUUUAGAUGGAUGUCCGAUUUCGGAGCUUGGCCUUGUUUUUGAGCUACCAGGUUAUGAGAAUAUUGAGCUAAGGAAAGGAGGGAGUGAUAUAUCCGUCACUGUUUAUAACCUACAUCAAUAUAUUAAGUUGGUGGUACAUUGGUUCUUGUACGAAGGUGUCUUCAGACAAAUGGAAGCAUUUCGAGAAGGAUUCGAAUCUGUGUUCCCGCCAUCGCAACUAAGACUAUUCUUCCCGGAAGAACUUGAAGCUGUGUUCUGUGGGCAUGCACAAACAGGUGGCCAGUGGGACGUGAAAACACUUUUAGAAUGUUGUAGAACUGAUCAUGGAUAUACUCCAGAUUCCCGUGCUAUACGUUUCCUCUUUGAGGUUAUGUCAAAAUAUAACAGUGAAGAACAAAGGCAGUUUAUCCAAUUCGUCACAGGUUCACCGCGAUUACCAGUUGGAGGUUUUAAGAGUUUAACGCCACCUUUAACGAUAGUGCGUAAAACUUUUGACCCUUCGAUGAAAACAGACGAUUUCUUACCAUCCGUAAUGACUUGCGUUAAUUACUUAAAACUGCCUGAUUACACAACGUUAGAAAUAAUGCGAGAAAAGUUGCGAAUAGCUGCACAAGAAGGACAACAUUCGUUCCACCUUUCCUAGAAACGGAUGGAAAACCGGCGCGUCAUUUGCUCUUUUGCUAUCGCAUUGUCCAGGUUGAAACAAAUUAUCCAAACAUUUCAAAUAUUUUUCGAAAUAGCUGUGUUUUGUUUAAAACUCAGUGAUCGCAAAUUUGCACUUUAUACGAAUUUUUUUCGAAAAAAUCUUUUUCUUGAUUUUAGCAACAAUUCAUUUAAAUAAAUCCUAAUUUGAUUGUUUAUGUUUUUACUUAUAAAUUUAGAUUGUGAUAUGUUUUUGUCAGAAAAAAAAGUGCAAAAAUGAUAUUAGCUCUGUCGUAUAAGUUUCCUCCCGUGGUAUUACGAACCAGGUAUCGAGAAUGCAGCCUCGUUCUAGGAAACUUAUCUUUAAUGUGUUACAAUAAUUAAUAAAAGCUGUAAAUAUAGUUUAAUAUGCGCAAAUAUAUAUAUAAAUACUUUAUAUAAUAGUAACAAGAAAAUGAUAUUGCUAUAAAACUCUAUAAUAAUUAAUUAUAAUUUAGUCUGAAGGGACGUUUAUUAGGUAUAAGUGAAUUUUAUAUCAGUGGUGCAUUUAGCAUCGCCAUAAAUCGCCAAUCUCAUGCCUCACAAUUUGCAAUGAAAUCACGUUUUAAAAUCAGUAAACAAAUGUACGUUACAGAAUGAAGCAGCUCGUGUUUCAUUACCAUUUAAAAAAGAAAAACAAACCAACAAACAUCAAAUAUAAAUGUGUUUGUUGACAAUCAUUUUAUUUUCGUAAUCGAUCUCUUUGUGUUCGCUGCUUAAUUUCCAGUGUGUUAACAAGCACUGCGCGAAUUUCACGUGCAACACUCCUAAUAUUUAAGUUUAUUCAGUGUAUCACCACCUAAACUUAUUUGAUAUUUUUAUUCUAGGUAAGAUAGUCCAAUUAAUACUUUUAGCCGUGUAAGAGUGCAGCCAGCAUCGCCAGACCGAGUCACCGUAAUGAUCGAAGAAAAAAUUACUAUCUUAUAUCUACUCAUUUACAGGCAAAAACAUCUAUUUAUGAACAAAAAUGUACUAAAAAUGUAUAAUAUUGAAAUAGAAUGGAUAUAAAGUCAGCGAAGCUGGUGUAUCAAAUGGAUUAUACAAGGUACAUUACUUUCUUAUAUCUCUGUAGAAAUGUGAUUCUGUAUGAAAAUUGUGAGAAUAUGAAUCGAUCAAAAGUAGAAAAAAAAAAUAAUAAUAAUA